AAGCAAAUGAGAGGAGAAAGUGGAAGCAAGUGAGUGUCAGUGAAAAAAGGCAGUCUGACUGCACAGAAAAGGCGCUCUGCAAACAGUGUGCACUCAUUGAGUCAGUUAUAUUCUAAACACGGAGAGCUGGUGCAUUAAAGCUCAAGAAAACAGUUUCCAGUGCAGGGAGACAGCACAGAGACAGACAGAAACAGAGGAAGUAGUGAAAAGAGAAGAGGAGAAGAGUGGAGAGGUUUUUUCGUGGAAAGAUGGACUCAGAUUCUGGGGAACAGAGUGAAGGAGAGAUCUCUCCAGAAAGAAAGAAAGAAAGAAAGAAAGAGUAACGUGGGAGCCCAUGAGACGUGCGGAUCCAUAUGCAAGCUUUUACUGGACAGAGACAUGGUCAUAACAGGUCAAGAGAGCUUCAACUCCAAGAGUUUGGCCCUUCAGGCCCAAAAGAAGAUCUUAAGUAAAAUGGCCACCAUGGCUGUGGCAAACCUUCUCACGGAUGAUACCAGCAGCGAGAUUCUGGAUGAACUCUACAAGGCCAGUCGUGAAUACACCAAGAGCAAGAAAGAAGCCCACAAGAUCAUCAAAGAUGUCAUCAAGAUCGCCCUGAAGAUUGGCAUUCUCUAUCGAAACCACCAGUUCAGUCCUGAUGAGAUGGAGACCGUCGAGCGCUUCAAAAAGAAGAUGAACCAGGCGGCCAUGACAGUGGUGAGCUUUUACGAGGUGGAGUACACAUUCGAUCGUGGCAUUCUUUCCGAGCUGCUGAUGGAAUGUAGGGACCUUCUCCAUGAGCUGGUGGAGCACCACUUGACCAUGCGCUCCCACGCAAGGAUCGACCACGUUUUCAACCAUUUCGCAGAUGUGGAUUUCCUGACCCAGCUGUACGGCCAAUCUGAAGAGUACAGACUUAACCUGAGGAAGAUCUGCGAUGGGGUAAACAAACUCUUAGAUGAGGGCACACUUUAACAUCCAGUUCACACUUUGUUGGAUGAGACUCCAUCACGCUACUGGGAUUUGAACUGCAGAUUUUACGCAACUUGUGUUCUUUGUUUUUUGUUUGAAAUUUAGGCGGUCAUGAUAACUUGAUGAUGUGAUUGUUACCCGACCUUUGGGGAUCAGAGUAUGUGAGCAGAGUGUAGCGGCAACAAUUUAAAUUUUAAAUGCACAAUACUAGAAAAAAUUAUUAUUAUUAUUAUUAUUUUUUAAACCCUACAAUUAGAUUAUUCCAACUACAAUUUAACUCACUUGUCUGUGCAACAUCUUUCUACUCAGGCGAAGCUGAAGAUUGUAGUUACUUCAGAAACUGUUUUUAAGCUGAUAAAUCACGGAACAGCAUUGACAAUAAUUUUCUGCACUCCUGAAUGUUUAUAUGUGCUUAUGAUCUGUACGUUAUGUGUGAGCCUGUGUGUUGUGUGUGCAUGUUCAACAGUGUAGCAGCACAUUAGUUUAGAGCGGAGAUUAACUACCUGUACAAUAAACAGUUUAAAACGUGAAUUCACACAAUCAAUAUUGAGUAUCCACAUACUACAAACCAACAUGCCUGAGAUAUAACCUCCCACACUCAUCCAUCGCCUUCAUUAUAACCUUCACCUUCCUUCUGAUUUGAGUGAUAAACAUACAUACAGGGACGUCUAUUUGACAUCUGCAAGACAUUUUUUUAAGAGCGUUGGACCAUCUGCAAUACAUCUAUAGGACAUUUCCUAUCAGAUGCCACAUUGACGUUUAGAAGAUGUCUUUAAGAUGUUUAUGAUUAAGAAUGUAUGUACAACUGACAUUUUAAUGAUGUCUAACAGAUAUUUGGGUUGCACUUUAUUUUACAGUACGUGUACUAACAUGUACUUAUAGUUUACUUGCAGUGUAUUUAUCUAAGAAAGUUCUGGUAAUACAAGGUAACUACAUGGGCUAGGGUUAGGUUUAGGGGUAGGUUCAGGGUUAGUACCAAGUUAUUACAUAGUUAUUGUAAUUAUUAUAAUAAGUACAUAGUAUGUACAUGAGGAACAGGACUGUAAAAUAAAGUGCUACCGAUAUUUGUACACAGCAGAUGCUUUCCAGAUGACGCAAUCUUUAACAGACAUCUUUCAAACGUAUAUGUGUGCUAACUGUGAUAUCUGUCAAGCUAGCUAAUGAUCUUUAAAGCACGAUGCUCCGACUUUCAUAAAAUCCACUCCUUCAGAAAAAAAAAUCCUGCCGCUCCACUCUUCGCUCCGCUCACAUACUCUGGUAGGGACGGUCAACCAAAUGCAGAUUAAAAAUCUAUGUAAGUGGAGGACUCAGAAUUGGUGUCCUGAAAACCUGUCCUUUGUGUGCAAUUGCAGGAAAGUUUGAAAUUACGAGCUCUACAUGCACUGUAUGAAAAUGUAUCUACCUAUCCUUUACAAAUAGCCUAGCAAUGCAACCCUAGCUUUCUUCUGUGCAUCCAUAAGAAACAGUUAAGAUGUCCAUUUGAUCUGUUUGAAAGUUAAAGGGACAUAGUUCAUCCCAAAAUUAACAUUCUGUCAUCAUUUACUCAAUCUCAUGAUGUUCCAACCCUGCAUAGCUUCAUUUUUAUUGUGGAACACCAAUGAGAUGUAUAGCAUAUUCUAUCGAGGUGGUCUAAGAAAUUUUUAAACAUAACAAAAUUGGGUGCAAAUAUGAAAGAUGCAAAAUUCAAUGUCAUUUGGUUUUACUGAUGGCAAACAAGACAGAAUGUGUUCUCACAACACAUCUGAAUGUGAAUCAAUGUGAAUGUGAACUGCUUCGAAUAUCAUUGUCUUUUUUAAAGCUAGACAGUGUCUGUCCCCAUUCACAUUUUUUGCACCACCUCUUGGAUUCUUCCGAAGAAUUAAAGUCAUGCCGGUUUAGAAAGAGAUAAGGGCAAGUAAAUGAAGAUGAAAAUUAUAUAUUUUUGGAUGAACUAUCCCUAAAACAUUGAGAGCAUAAAACAAAUAUUGUACAAACCUUUACUGAACAGAGCAUACACCAAAAAUUAAUAAAUAACUAAAGUGCAGCAGAAAGAUUGUAAAUAAACUUUGGGGUUUUGGUCUUCUGUCUUGUUGCCUUUGUAAUGACUGAGUUUUACAGCAGCUACCAUGAUCCUGUGCUAAGUUUUUCCAGAUCCUGAUGUUUCAGAAUAUGUAAAUGUAUGUAUACGUACAUGAAGAAGAAAAAUGUGACUAUUCCAUAAGCCUGUUCGGUAACCCUAGAGUGUAGCACUAUUAUCUGUCAUUAAACGAUCCAUAUGAA